GUAUCAAAAUGGUACCACUCAAUUUAAUUAAUUUUGCUGAAGAGAAUUGAUUUCGUGUUGCGUUAGUCAAAUACAAAACGUCUUUUAUUUUCGAACUUAUCUGACAUAACUGAGCUAGCUUACGUUAAAUAUCAUAGUGGCCGCUAGUGAAUAAUUACUAUACGGCAUUUCAAUUUGUCCACUAAAGUUUCAUUUAAGUAAUGGCUGGCAAAUGUUUCAUGUUUGCUUUUGUGGAAAAAAUGCUGCGCAGACAUGAAUUUAGUUUGCUUUAAUUUUUAAUGAUUUUAUCCUGACAUAAAUUUAUUGUUUCCUAAACAUUUCCAGAUCUCAAAUUGGUUUUCCAUUUAUCGACUAUAUUUAGCCGUAUGAACUCUAUUGCUCGUGGAAAAAAUAUGGGCUGACGGUUUUGUUGAAAUGGCCUUGGGAUAUUUUUGUUCGGAUUCGGAAGACAUUGUAACGAAAAUGAAAACGAAUUUCCAGCCUUCAGUUUGUUCUUUCUUCUGCCGCGGGUAAUCGUAACAGUUCCUUCUACUUGCUCAAAAUUGGACUGGAAAUUAUGGCUCAAUGAAUAAUCAUUGCGGUAGAAAUGUUACACGCAAAGUGGUGGUAGAGAUCUUGCGUACCCAGCUAAUCUGCACGUAAACAAGUUUUGUCUGGCGGCGGAUUUGAAAUUAGAAAACAUACGAAACAGCAACUCAUGAAUGUGACACUUGAAACAACUCAAGAAACAACUUCAGUAAAUCCAGAAAGCACAGUUGAAUCGAUACAGACACAGUUAGUCAUGGAAUCAAGAGGAAACAUGAGCUCUUUCGUGCCUUCAAACCCAGUCCCAAUUGACUUCUACGGGACAGGUCAAAUGCCGACAAUGCAGGCUUUCAACAGUGACCCAACCGCCAUUUAUAUUUCAACAUCACCCGCGACAAUGUAUCACCAUUGGCACUACUGGAACUCAUAUCAGCCAUACUACUAUCCAUACUCAGGAGACGCAUCUGUCGAGAUGGUCCCAACCACCCUCCUUUCCCCUCCCAUGGGACCCACCUACAUUCAGCAGUCUCCUAUUGGUGCUAACCACUCACAGAUCCCAACAAACAACAAUCACCUGGUUCCCUCAAAUAUGCCUUCUGCUGUCACAUAUCUACCAAUAAACAACAACUUGCCUCCUCAACCGACGGGGCAAGUGCAGUACGUUACAGAGACAACCCUUCAGGUGCCUGGAUGCUCCAGCCAGGAAAUCAAGGUCGAGAAAUCUUGCUGCUGUAACGGUCAAUCAGUGCAAAACACUUCUAAUCAUUGUCACAAUUCACAUGCCUUCGCUGAGAAAUCUCAGGUUUCUUCAUGUAGCUACGAAGUAGCGGCAAGUUCGCAAAGAAGUCCUGGUUUCAGAAACGCCAGAAACUUUUCGUUUAGUCCAAACCAUCACCCUUGUCAUUCGAAUGGACCCCCUCGUACACUGUACAAUGCGAGAGGGUACCAUUCGUCAGUUAGUUGCUGCAAUACACCUCAUGGGUCGUCAAUGGACGAGUUCACGACAUCAGGGGCCGAGAGUUGCCAGGAGUGUCGUUGUAGUCACAGAAGCAAUAGUAGGAAAAACAGAAGACGCGCUGCUCGUCGAAAAUCAGGAGACGGCAUGAACACUAUGAGUUCCUCUGAGUCAUUGAACCAAGGUGCUUCUAGAGAAACCUCAAAAUCGGACCAAAAGCAGCGUGCUAAAAACACACCCGGCUUAAUACCUCUGGCAAUACACCGGGGACUUGAGCUGGACCUAGAUUCAGAAGAUUUCCCGGAACUUCCAUCUUCGUCGAACGGGACCAAAACUAGUUUAAAAGACACUUCAACCAAUCUAAACAUUGCUGCACCGGAUGAUGCAAAUGAAAGAUUUUAUGAUAAUUUGGCUGUGAAUAAUAGGAAAGUAUCUAGAAGAAAAGGAACUCCAACGCUAGCCAGAAGAGCUUUAGAGCUUGCGCCAAAAAUUACACCGAGCAAUGGAAGUACAAAAGAACGCGAGAGUGCGUCAAAUAUAAAUAGUCCCGUGGGAGCGGCUGCGCCUGGGUGGACGAAAUCAGGGGCUGCUGUACUGCAGACGCCGUACAAUCGUGCAGUCAACGUAGCUGCUCAAACUGAUUUUGGAUCCAGACUUGCGUUCCUUACGCUGAUUCAGUUUUCUCCUAUGUUUAAACGAGACCUAACACCUAGUAGCAAUACUCAGAAAGAUGGGAUCACUUCGCAAGAAUCGGCAGCAUCAGCGAACAACUUUUUAAUAGUUUCCUCCGCAGAUAAUGACUCAGGGUACAGUUCGCCUAAAAACAGGCAGGGAGUUCAAUCGGGUGCAACCGAGAAAGGGAAUGAGUGCCAACAUGACAUCUUACUCAAGAGCAAUCAGCGGUCAAUCGCUGUGGCUGUUGCUCCACCCAUUCCGGCCUCGCAGCAGACAAAUCCGCAACUUCACGGCGCAGUUUUACUCAAAAGUGCGCAGUCGAGUAACGCAACUAAUGCACCCGUACAACAAAGUAGAAAAAAGAAGAAAGGAGCUGCAAAUCGGAAGAAAAGAGGCACACUUACCAACGACAAUGCAAACAUGAACAACCAGCCUACGGACAUUUGUACCACUUCGGGCAAAGAGGACGACGACUUGGAUCUCUUUUCCCAGAUGGACGACAACUUUCCAGCGCUGGUAAGCAAUACGAAACCUUUGGUCAAUCCUGCCAACGUAACGCUAGCUGCGGCACUCCAGGUCACAACUACGAUUAAACAGCAGUCGGCUACCAGUUGGAAACAAACACAGUCAUCCGAAAAGCACCAGGCUCAGCUCCUAACACACGAAGACACCUCCACAAUUGAUCCGAGCUUAAGAGAUGGAUCAAAUACUAACGACGAGGGUGUGCAAAGGACGCCUAUAGCUGUUUCAACUACUGUUACACAAACUGUAAAAGCCAAAGGGUUGAACUCUUCGAAACCUAUGGUGGACCUACCUCUGACAGCCUUCCUGAAGUCAGUCAAUGAGAAAGUGCCAGCCUCCAGUGGGACAAAGGGCGACGCAAAAGCUAAUAAAGCAGAAAAGGGUUCAAAGAAAUCUGACAAAGUGCAUGCUGUGAGUGACAGCGAGUUAGUUACCAAACAAUCUCUGAAAGUGUCUGCAGCUUCUCCUACCAAGCAAAAUCAAGCUUCCGAAAUUUUGAGACCUGCGAAAAAAGGGAAGCAGCGAGAGGUGCCAAAAUCAAAGAGACCAACUCCAUUGAAAAAAGUCAUUCUGCAAGACAGGAAGGAUCGCAAAAGUCUGAGAGAGAAUGGGCUGAGCGACGGCCAGGAGCCAAAUAACCAACUAAACUCCGAUUCUGCUCCAACAAUGCAGCAAACUCUGGACAAUAACCUUGGAGAAAUCUAUCAUUCCUUAUCCGACGUUUCGGACUCGUGUUGUGGUACUUCAUUACUAAAUACUUCGAACUAUGAACAAAUUGCGACCACUGACAAUGACGAUGAUAAGGGAGCCGAAAGAUCCAACUUCGCUGAUGAGUCGUUUUGUGACGACACCGGCAUCCUUUUGCCCAGUGCCGACGACAGGUUCAGUCAUAGCGGGUUCUCGUCAGAAAGCCGAGCUAGUAGUAUUCUACCGGCGUCAACAGUUCCAUCACGAUCAGACUCGGCAAUUACCCUGUUUUCUCUGCCCGAAUUACCUUCUGCCCUUAAUACGAGUGACUCGGAUUGCCCUGCUCGUUCCGAAACUACAAACUUGACUAGGGUGAAAAUUGAAAUAUUGCCGAAAAUUCACAGCAGGAAAUUCAGGGAAUACUGCAAUCAUGUUGUUUCGAAGCCAAUCAAUGAUGCUGCGAUUGACCUUCUUCAGAAAUUAUUUGAAUUUCAGUGCAAGUCAUUCGUCAAACUGGACCCCGCAAAGGUGAAACUUAAAAGACGCUUGGUGAUGGGCUUGCGUGAAGUGAAAAAACACCUGGGAUUGGAGAAGCUAAAACUGGUCAUAUUUUCACCCAAUAUGGAGAAAGUGGCAGCCAAGGGAGGUCUGGAUGACGUAAUGGAUGAGCUCAUAGCAUUGGCUCGCGAGAAGGACAUACCGUUUGUGUUUGCUUUGAGUAGAAGGCAGCUGGGAAUUACUAUGAAGAAACAUGUUCCUGUUUCGGUCGUGGGAGUGUUCAAUUAUCAGGGCGCCGAGGAAAGCUUCAAUCGUUUGAUGGAACUAACCGAAUCGGCACGUGAAAAAUAUAAAGAUCUUGUCAUUCAACAUCAAAGAGAACAAAGUGAUGGUCUAAAUGCUGAACAAAGUCUUUCAUUUCACGAGGAAGAAACGAUACCGUCAACAUCUUUGCCAAUAGCUGAUACAGCUCCUGUGAUUACUAACUCAUUUCAUCAGCAGUCCAGUAGUUUCCCAUUUCAAGUGCUGCCUUCUUUUUCUGAAGACCGAAAUGAUAGAAAAAACGCAAUAGUGUCACAUCAAACUUGUAGUAACUCUUGUCGCUCAAACCACGAUACAGAUGCAGAUAAAUUUUGCUCUGAAAAUCGACAAGUUAGUUGUGAAGAAAAAAGAUCAAAUCGCCGAAGUUUGGACAUUCGUGGAGGUAAAACAGAGUCGUGUGAACAAGUGGACAGUUCUCAGUUACUGCUCGAAAGAAAUGAUACAGCCUUAGUCGCUCACCAGGAAAUUAAGCUCAAUAUUAGCAUAUCAGAUUCGCUACAUCAAGCUGGAAGUAAAUGAUUUCAUAGCUCUGAUGUUUUUGCUAAAAAAACAUUGUAAAAACAAUGUGUCUUCGCCUUUUUGACCACCCUCCACCUCCAGGGGCUGAUGUUAUAAUGAAAUAAUUUUGCGAAAGGAUAUUUUAGGGCUAAUUCUGAUUAUUUUUGAAACUAAAUUGGGCAAAUAGUUUGUGGGUAAGUACGUUGGGUAGCUAAGUAGGGUGUACUUUAAUAGUAAAGAAAAGGAAGCCUUCUGGUGGAAAAGGUCAAAUUCGUGCGUGAUGGGAAGCAGAAGUCGCGUCGGCUCCUGGUUUUAGAAUUAGACGCAGAAUUUGUUGUUAGAGAUUUGAUUUCAAAUUUAUUUGGUCAUAAACUUAUCCAUUUUUUUGUUCUACAGCCUAAAGCUAUUUCAGGUAAAACGGAAAUUCUUAACAUGCGCUUUAAACAUUUGACGGAGGUCUGUUUGUUUUUCACUCUCAUAAAUUUUCUACAUGCUUAACUAUUCUUGGCUUUUUGAAAUGAUUGGAAUAGAAAACCUCCGUUAUCUGCCAUUUUGGAGUCUGCUAAAACUAACGCCUCAUGUUUCUAGCUUCUAUGUGCCGCAUCUGUGCUCAAAUUAUUCAUCUGGGGUCAUUUAAUUUUGUGAAAUCGGAGUGUUUUUAAAGGUAGAUUCUAAAAGUGCAAUUUCUUUAUGAUGUCUUGGCUACCUCCCAAUAAAAAGUUAGAUAAAUUGGAUAAAACGUUAUGAGAGCGAGCUGCUUGUAUUCCUUCAUAUUAGAUGGUAACCUAUUUAAAUUAUUUCUUUUUGACUCCAGAUCUUGGAGAGAUGACUCGAUGGCUUUGAUAGCUCUUGAAGUUAUAUCGAAUUUAUUAAUCAGAUACUUGCUAAUUCGGCUGAAAAUGUCAUAAUUUAAAUUAAAAUGGAA